GGGUGUCUGGGGGGGGGGGGGAGCCUCCUCGCCGGGACUCUCGGGAGGCCUGAUGGAGUAAGAAGAAGGGUCGGCUGUGAAUGUAUGACGUUGAGUGCUUCAGAUCUGAUCACUAUGGUACGGGAACGAAAAUGCAUAUUGUGCCACAUUGUGUACAGCUCCAAAAAGGAUGGAUCUUCUCCUGAACUCCCAAGUCUUGAAAGAAAAAAUAAAAGAAGGAAAAUUAAAGGAAAGAAAGAACGUUCUCAGGUUGACCAGCUGUUGAGUAUUUCCUUGAGAGAGGAAGAGCUAAGCAAAUCACUUCAGUGCAUGGACAACAACCUUCUGCAGGCUCGAGCAGCCCUGCAGACAGCGUAUGUGGAAGUUCAGCGGCUGCUCAUGCUCAAGCAGCAGAUAACUAUGGAGAUGAGUGCGCUGAGGACCCACCGAAUACAGAUUCUACAGGGAUUACAAGAGACGUACGAACCUUCUGAGCAGCCAGACCAGGUUCCCUGUAGCCUCCCCAGAGAAGCAAGAAACAGAUCUCAGACCACUGCGGAUACCACGCUGUUGCCUAAUCCCUUCUUCCCCCUUUUCCUGGAGGCAACUCCUUCCCAUGUGUCUCCAUCAUCCACCAGAGCCUCUCUCCAACUAGCCACUUCUCCUGCUUUCCAGGCUCAGGGCAACAUCCCUGCCCCAGAUUCAUCGGUUCAGAUUAAACAAGAGCCCAUGUCCCCAGAGCAAGAGGGGAGUGUGAAUUCUGGGUCACAGGGCUCUGAUUUCAGUGUGUCCAAGGAACUACUGCACACUCAGGGAGAGAUGAGUGACAGUGGUCCAGUUCAUCCAGUCCUCCCUGCAGGGCAGUGUGUUUCAGAGCUGACAGAAAGUGGCCAUGAGCCCAACCAGGAUCUGAACCUUUCUGUGGAACAAGGAAGUAGCAGAAGCCGAGCAAACUCUCCAUCUUCUCAGUCCCCCGAUCUUCCAAACCUGCAUAGAGGUGAAUUGUCAGCCAAGGGCCACAGUGGGUCUGAAGCCUGGAGCAGUUCUUUCCUGAGAUCAUCUUUGACUUCAGAAACCCCUGUGCAGAAGGAAGCUCACAGUGCAGCUGAGCAGCCCGAGCAGCAGGCAGAGUCCAGCCUGCCCUCUGCCGAGACCAGAGCAAACAAGAAGAAGAAGAAACUUCGGAAGAAGAAAACGCUCCGGGCUGCCCAUAUUCCGGAGAAUAGCGACACGGAACAGGAUGUGUUUAUGGCUAAACCUGUAAGGAAAGUAAAAGCUGGGAAGUUCGCUAAAGGGGGCAAAGUAACAACCUCUACCUGGGAAGACAGCAGACCCCGCCCCGAGCAGGAGAGGGCAAGAGAUGAGCAAGAGAGCUUCAGAGAUGAGCAAGAGAGUGACUCGUCUCUGGAAGUCCUAGAAGUGCCUAAUCCUCAGUUAGAAGUGGUAGCCAUUGAAUCGUCUGAAUCUGGCGAGGAGAAGCCAGACAGCCCAUCCAAAAAGGAUACUUGGAACUUGGCUGAGCAAAACCCACUGGGAACUUCUCGCUCUGGGUGUGAUGAAGUGAGCUCUACCAGUGAGAUCGGCACUCCCUACAAGGAUGGCGCCCCUGUGAGCGUGGCAGAAACUCAGACUGUGAUCUCCUCCUUAAAAGGAUCAAAAAACUCUUCAGAAAUAUCUUCAGAGCCAGGUGAGGAUGAUGAGCCUACAGAAGGAAGCUUCGAGGGCCACCAAGCAGCAGUGAAUGCAAUACAGAUAUUUGGAAACUUACUGUACACCUGUUCCGCGGAUACAACCGUCCGGGUUUAUAGUUUGGUGAGUCGGAAAUGUACUGGUGUCUUUGAGGGCCAUACUUCCAAAGUGAACUGCCUGCUGGUCACCCAGACCUCUGGGAAGAACGCAGCCCUUUACACCGGUUCCAGUGACCACACCAUUCGCUGCUAUAAUGCUAAGACCCGAGAGUGCAUGGAACACUUACAGCUGGAAGACCGAGUUCUCUGCCUUCAUAGUAGGUGGCGAGUCCUCUACGCAGGCCUUGCAAAUGGCACGGUGGUGACCUUCAACAUAAAGAACAACAAGCGACUGGAGAUCUUUGAGUGCCACGGCCCUCGGGCGGUCAGCUGCCUAGCCACAGCUCAGGAAGGGGCCCGGAAGCUGCUGGUUGUGGGCUCUUACGACUGCACCAUCAGCGUACGCGACGCACGCAACGGGUUGCUCCUCCGAACUCUGGAGGGCCACAGCAAAACCAUUCUCUGCAUGAAGGUGGUGAAUGACCUUGUGUUCAGCGGCUCUAGUGACCAGUCAGUCCAUGCUCACAACAUCCACACCGGGGAGCUCGUGCGCAUCUAUAAAGGCCACAACCAUGCCGUCACCGUGGUCAACAUCCUGGGGAAGGUGAUGGUGACAGCCUGCCUGGACAAGUUUGUUCGAGUCUAUGAACUUCAGUCCCAUGAUCGGCUGCAAGUCUAUGGAGGACACAAAGACAUGAUUAUGUGUAUGACCAUCCAUAAGAGCAUGAUUUAUAUGGGCUGUUAUGAUGGUAGUAUUCAGGCUGUGAGGCUAAAUCUGAUGCAGAAUUACCGCUGUUGGUGGCAUGGCUGCUCUCUGAUAUUUGGGGUCGUAGAUCACUUAAAACAACACCUGCUGACUGACCACACGAAUCCGAACUUCCAGACUCUGAAAUGCCGCUGGAAGAAUUGUGACGCAUUUUUCACUGCUCGGAAAGGAUCCAAGCAGGAUGCUGCUGGACACAUCGAACGACAUGCUGACGAUGACAGCAGAAUUGAUUCAUGAAGUUUGUUGCCUCCCAUGUUGGGAAGUCACUAGUAGAACUAUUUCGUUGUGGCCUCUUCACACAGACCACUCCCUCUCCUUCCCCCGGAAGCGGGGAAGGAAAAAGCCAGGCUUACCAACUAGCAAAAGCCUGCGCAGCUCUGUGAGGUCAGAGGUCACAUUUCAAGUUUGUGCAGGAGGGUGCAAUGACAUUGAAACAGAUUUUUUUAAAGGAUACCUAUACUCCUCUGAGACAUAGAGUGAUUCAUGCGACAAGCAUUCUUUCCAUGUUUAUUAAAACUCCAGAUCUUAAUUGGU